UCAAAGCUCGGGAGGCAUUGCGCUUUAGACGAACUCGCUUGGCUGAUGCUAAAGCCGAACGGGCUGGAAUAGAGGCGCAGAAGAGAAUGGCGCCCUAUCAAGCGGCUUACUCUGCCUAUAUUGCAAGUCGCGAGGCUCAAAAGCCAAAUGGUCCUGUGAGUUUAUCCCAAUCCUACUUGGGGCUUGAUGUGAAGUCAUCCCUUAAGGGCCACCAGCUGUAUCACUUAGCAGAGCGUCUCUACGAUUCUGGCUCCUGCGAUACUUCAGCAACAACAAAUGCCUCGACUCGGCUUCCUCUGCUUAUCAAGGCUGAUACUCAAGGAAGCCUCGAAGCAAUCGAACAGAUGCUUGCCACCUUCCCCACAGACAAGUGUGCUGUGAGUCUGGUUACUUCAGGUGUCGGGCCACUUACUGAUAGUGAGGUGGAGAUGGCAUCCGCUACUCAGGGUUUGUUAGAUAUUAUUUACUGA